AUGCUGCUCUUCGUUAAGAACCAACGAGGUCGAGCACUCUCGAUUGAUAUGGAUGAGACAGAUACCGUAAUGCAACUCCUAAAAGAGGUACUACGUGAAGAGGGUUUCGAAGUGCAGGAUGCGGCUCAAUCAAAACUUAUUUAUAAAGAUCCAUCAGGCGGAGCCCUGCCUCAACAUUGGCUCAAUCCGGAUGCUAAGAAUUUCCGAACUCGGCGGAGCGGAAGUAGUCUAACUGGAUGCAGUGUAGCAAAAGGUGAUAACUUAAUGGAUAAAAGUGUUUCUUCAACUGAAUCUAUUGAAGAAACAAAUGAAAGUACUGGUCGUUCUGAGACCUCAACUACAACUAGCAGUAAUUAA